UUAACCUCUAUUAAUUUGAGCGAGCGGCCGUGAGCGUUGUGUUUUGAUGUGUCGUCCUGUUAUUGUUCAGUAUUAUUCAAUAUUUUAGUCAAUAUUUUUAUAUCUGUAUAUCGUGGAUUAUUAUACUAAAAUUUCACUUGUGAGCUACAAGUAUAUAACUAUAAAUAACAUUUGUUAAACUUUAAUAACUUAGCGUUUAAUCUAAUUUCAAAAAUCAUUGUGUACAAACAAAAAACUUAAACUAAGUUGUAUUACAAUGACACCGCCGAUGGAAAGAAUUAAUAUUUUAGAGACUAUCGAAAAAGAUAUCGUAGUAUGUUUGCAAAGUGCAGGACAAGCUUGCAUGGAACUGAGUAAAGAAAAAACAAGCUUGAAACAGGCAGAGACAAAUACACACCAAUUUCUAAAAACUUUAGGACAGUUGGAAUCUAGAUUGAGUGAACAAAUUAAUUAUCUUACCCAGGUUUCAACUGGUCAGCCGCAUGAAGGUUCUGGAUAUGCAAGUCAAAAAGUAUUACAAAUGGCAUGGCAUAGAUUAGAACAUGCACGAAGUAGAGUCAAUGAAUUAGAACGUAUCAAAAAUAAACUACGUUAAAUGUAACUUUUCUUUUAACAUGUACAUUUUAAGAAAUAUACUAUCAAUGUUACAUUUUAUAUCAAGAAUGUCUAAUAUAAAUAUAAAUAUUAAAUGAUUAGUUGUUUAUAUGAUUUCCUCUAAAUAAAUCU